AUGAUUUUUAAUAGUCACAAUACGCCUUCAAAAUUAUAUAAUUUUUAGAAAAAAAGAAAAAAAAAAUUUUUUCUAAAAGAUAAACAAAAAAAAGAAACUCCAAAUUUUUCUAUUUUUCUAGAAAACCAUUUAGAAAAAAGAACUUUAUCAAAAAUAUAAAAUAAAUUUCUCUUUAAUGUUUUAUUCUCCUCUAUUUAAAAAUAUUUAAGCUCAUCAUCAGAAAUCUAUUAUUCUUAUGGGUAUGGCUCAUUCGCACCAGGAAAAUAAGAGUACACAAAUAACAGUAGAGACUAUGCCUAUUUUUGCUUGGAAUUAUGCUAACAGAGAUUGAAAUUUAUUUAAGAUAACUAAUUUAAUCUUAAAUAAUAAAAUGAAUUCACUUUUGUCAUUUAAAAUAUUAGAAAUUCAAAAAUAAUUCCUAUUGAUUUAACAAUGUCUUAAAUGGCUUAAAUUUAUUAAUAAUUUGCAAUCAAAAACAGUAUUAAUUAAAAUGAUUCUCUGAAAAAUAACAAAGAUUAAUUUAAAAUGGAAUUCUUCUUUCAAUAUUAAUUUGUGCUAAAGCUUCAAAAAAUUAUGAAUAAUAAAUAAUUUGUCUUAAAUAGAUUUCCUUAUUUUAGGAAAACUUUUAUUGAUUCAAGAAAUGAAUAUAUGGCUUUAAAAAUUUACUAAACUUUAAUUUAGUCUCCUCCUUAAAGUAAAAUUGUUUGCAUCAUAGGCAAAUAUCAUUUUGAACCUAUUGAAUUUAGACUUUCUCAGCUGAUAGAGCAGAGUGAAUCAGUUCAGUUUUGA